GUUCAACGCAUCCUAUUACACAACCAGAAAACAACAACACAUAUACGAACUAAAUAAAAACCUUUUUUUCUUUGUAAUUUGACUUAAAAAAGCAUUGAUGAAUAUUUAUCUUUUCAAGAGUUUUUGCCCCAUUUCUUAUUCGUCUCACAGAGAGGAUAUUAAUCAGAUUUCUUAAUCUUAAAUCCUAAUCAAGUUCAUCGUCUCCUCUGCUAUUCUAGAAGAUGCUCUGUUUCUUUUAAUGUUUUUUUAUUAUAUAUUGUUUGUCGAUUAUUUUAUAACAUGAUCGAUGAAAAUUUAAUGAAAGAUACGACUUUUCUGGAGCUAUUGUCUUUUUUUUUGUUGAUUAAAUCACAAACAUUAUAUGAUUUCGGAUGCUUGAUCUGAUGUGGGUUUGUCAGAUUUCAUUCAAAUUUCGAUGCUUUUCUUACAGAAAGUUUGCUUAUGGUUUGAUUUGGUAUUCGUUGGAUGAGGAGAAGAAGAAAGCGAAAGUUGCGAAUAUAAAGUUUCAUGGGCAAUUCAUGCCGUGGUUCUUUCAUGGUCAAAACCUACGAGGGCAAUAAUAAGACUAGGCCGGAGGAGAACUCCAAAAUCACCACCCACGUUUCCUCCGUUCGUUCUCCGACCGCAGAACAAGACUUCCCUAAAGAAGACAGCAACAAAAGUUCUGUAAAAGAACCUAUUAUGCGGCGUACCAACCAAGCAUACUAUGUUCUUGGUCACAAGACUCCUACCAUCCGUGAUCUUUACACCUUGAGCCGUAAGUUAGGACAAGGACAAUUCGGGACCACGUAUCUUUGCACCGAGGUUGCAACGGGUGUUGACUAUGCUUGCAAGUCUAUAUCCAAGAGGAAGUUGAUAUCUAAGGAAGAUGUUGAGGAUGUUAGGCGGGAAAUUCAGAUAAUGCACCAUUUAGCUGGUCACAAGAAUAUUGUUACGAUAAAAGGAGCUUAUGAGGACCCUUUGUAUGUUCAUAUUGUGAUGAAGGUUUGUGCUGGUGGUGAGUUGUUUGAUAGGAUUAUUCAGAGAGGGCAUUACAGCGAGAGGAAAGCUGCUGAGUUGACCAAGAUCAUUGUUGGUGUUGUUGAGGCGUGUCAUUCUCUUGGUGUCAUGCAUAGAGACUUAAAGCCUGAGAAUUUCUUGUUGGUUAAUAAGGAUGAUGAUUUCUCUCUUAAGGCCAUUGAUUUUGGUCUCUCCAUCUUCUUUAAACCAGGCCAAAUAUUCAAGGAUGUUGUUGGAAGUCCAUACUAUGUAUCCCCUGAGGUUCUUUUAAAACAUUAUGGUCCAGAAGCUGAUGUGUGGACUGCUGGUGUUAUUCUCUAUAUUUUACUAAGUGGUGUCCCUCCUUUUUGGGCAGAAACACAACAAGGAAUAUUUGAUGCCGUCUUGAAAGGAGAUAUCGACUUUGAGUCAGAUCCAUGGCCUGUGAUUUCCGACAGUGCCAAAGAUCUGAUCAGAAAGAUGUUAUGCUCUAGACCCUCGGAACGUUUGACCGCUCAUGAAGUCUUGCGUCAUCCAUGGAUCUGUGAGAACGGAGUUGCACCAGAUAGAGCACUUGACCCGGCUGUUCUGUCUCGUCUCAAACAGUUUUCGGCAAUGAAUAAAUUGAAGAAGAUGGUUUUAAAGGUGAUAGCUGAGAGCCUCUCAGAAGAAGAGAUUGCAGGUUUAAGGGCAAUGUUUGAGGCAAUGGAUACUGAUAACAGCGGUGCAAUCACUUUUGAUGAACUCAAAGCUGGGUUGAGAAGAUAUGGCUCAACUUUGAAAGACACUGAGAUUCAAGAUCUUAUGGAAGCGGCUGAUGUGGAUAACAGCGGUACAAUAGAUUACAGUGAGUUUAUUGCAGCUACGAUCCAUCUGAAUAAACUAGACAGAGAAGAGCAUCUUGUCUCUGCGUUUCAGUACUUCGAUAAAGACAGAAGUGGUUACAUCACCAUUGAUGAGCUGCAACAAUCAUGCGUUGAACAUGGGAUGACUGAUGUUUUUCUUGAAGAUGUAAUCAAAGAAGUCGAUCAAGACAAUGAUGGACGGAUUGACUAUGGAGAAUUUGUUGCGAUGAUGCAAAAGGGAAAUGCGGGUAUUGGAAGACGAACAAUGAGAAAUAGCCUAAACAUCAGCAUGAGAGAUGCGUAG